AUCACAACAUUGAACGCUCCGUUAGCCAUAGCGCUGGCGCUCAUCGAUAACCUCAAGAGCCAGAUAGCGAAGACGGCAGCGCUGGGAACCGUUGCCUUUCUCGACGAAGACUUCUUCAUUAAAAAGUCGGUCCGAGAGCUGCUAUUCGACGGCUAUCCAGACUUUCUGACCAAAUUGGCGCCCAUUUUGAACCCGAAGAUACCAUUCCAGCCCUCUUUCGGAUGGAUGUACGGCAAGAACGAGACGGACGACGGCCUGUUUGUGGUCAACACUGGCAAAGCGGAUAUCAAUCGGGUUAAUGAGAUCGAGACACUCAAUGGCCUCCCGGAGCUGCAGUUCUGGUCCGGCAGUCGCUGUAAUUCACUAAAAGGUGCCAAAAACGGGGAACUCUUUAACCCGAUUCCCAGUAUUGACCGCUCGUUGCUAUUGUUUCGCACAAACUUUUGUCGAGUCCUGUCUCUGGCGUGGAAUCAGACGCUGCAGUCAAAGUACGGCAAACUUCGCGUCUAUCGAUACUUUCCGGCCGACAAUAGUUACGCCAAUUCAACCGAUUAUCCGCCAAACAGUUGUUAUAAACCCAAUCAAAACGUGAGUUUCGCGGACAUCGGCGACAAUGACGGCGACGAUGUCGAUAUACCGACGCUUUUAAAACGUGUGAAAACUCUUGUCAACGACACGGAUGUGAUCGAAAAGUUAGAGAAUUUAUAUAUGGACUUUCUGGCGAACGGAACGCAAGCGUUUGAUUUGAACGCCAAUAUAUCGGACCACGAGUGGGGAAAAUAUCGGGACUACCCGUCGGGAGUGUUUGACCUGUCGGUCUGUUACUUCGGUGCACCCGUAUUCAUAUCCAACCCGCACUUUCUGAAGGCCGACCCCUAUUUCCUGACCACAGUGUCGGGUCUGACGCCCGACCCAACACUCCAUCAAUCAUACCUCGAUAUCGAGCCCCAAACGGGAACUCCCAUCGAACUGGAGCUCCGGGUGCAGAUCAAUGUGCACAUAAACCAAUUAGCCAGUUAUUUUCCCAAAUACUGGCACAUGCCUCGCAUUCACGUGCCUGUGCUCUGGCAGGAGUUCACAAUACACGCCACCGACGACUUGGCCGGCGAUCUGCACUGGAAGCUGACGGGACCGUCGAUCAUAGCCACCACUAUAUCGUCGGUGUUUGUAGUGAUCGGUGUAUUGACACUGUUGUGGGUGUUAUCCAAGCCUGUGAUGAGACGCUGUAAGCACAACAACGGCCCUGUGAUGGUCGCCGACGACGAUAACGCUGUGGGCACUUGUGAUACCAGUGCUCUCAUUACCGACAAUAAUGACCAUAAGGAUAGUCAGCCCGUCAUUACGUAAUGUCUUUUUGUGUACGAUUUUUGCUCCGAUUAUUAAUUCUCAGCCGUUUUUUCCAAACGAUUGUUUGGGAUUUAAAUCUAAGAAAAUUUGUUAUUUUAUAACUCAAAGUGUUUUUUAUAUAUUUCAAAUCAAUUGUUAAUUUUAAUUAAUAUUUAUGUUUUAAUUACGAGUUAGUGCCACAAAAUUUGUGCC